AUGCGACUGUUAAGUGUUCUAUUGCGACUGUUGCUUGUCAGCUGCACAAGCACAUUCGGUGCAACGCUACCACAACCAUUCUCCAUGGAUUCAUGGUUACUGAACGGACAGAAUGCGCCUCCACCAACCAUUGGCAAUAUCCCAUUCAGUGCGGAAAACAUCACGGAGGAGUUUUUCGUGACUUCAGUGGAUCACUUCAACCAUCAAAAUCGAGACACCUGGAGCAACCGGUAUCUGUCGCUGAUAGAUCACUUCGAACCGACGGGACCGAUUUUGAUUUUCCUCGCUGGUAGUAACCCGGUUAAUGCGAUGCUAAUUGACGAGACAACACUCAUCAACGAGAUGGCUCGCGAGCUCGGUGGUGCCCUGUUUGCCUUCGAGACACGCUUCUAUGGAGAGAGUCUACCGACAGCUGACUUGAGCGUCGAGAGUUUGCGGCUCCUAAGCACGGAACAAAUCCUCGCGGAUUUGGCGGACUUUGUGCUUCAUCUGCGUCGCUCCGUGAUUGGUAAUCCAUUCGCGCAUGUCCUGGUAGCUGGUACAGGACUCGGUGGCGGAUUAGCAACAUGGUUCCGUGUACGCUACCCACACCUGUCUGAUGCUGCGUGGUCAUCCAGUGGCUAUCAGAACGCGAUCUACGAUUUCCAGGAGUUUUCGCCCGGUUGGGCUGAGACGGCGAUCCAACUCGGUGGACCGGAGUGUUACAAUAGCAUCUUCGUGGCGUUUCACGUGGCGCAGAACCUCAUUGAGGCUGGAUUCGAAAAGCUAAUGUACGAAAUGUUCAACAUCUGCGAGCCAAUCGACGCGGAGGAUCGGCACGAUGUGUCUUACUUUUUUAGCGUCCUAAUGACCUCGAUCGAGGUGUACACGCUGCGAAAUGGAAACAUUCAGGAAUUUGAAAGGGUUUGCGGUUAUAUAACGGACGGUGGAUUUGGUACACCACUGGAAGCACUCGCUGAUUGGUUCAACAAGCGAUUCGAGGAGGAUUAUGGUUGCAUCAUCGUAGAUCUACACACGUACGCUGACCUCUUCCGGACGUCGGAUCCGAACGAUGAAGUGAAUGCUUCCGGUGCUCGCCAGUUCCUCUACCAGCAGUGUACCGAGUAUGGAUGGUUUUUCACCACUGACUCCGAUCGUCAACCGUUUGGUGAGCGUGUUCAGAUGGAGCUGUACUACGAGAUGUGUCGGCGCAUAUUUGGCGAGUGGAUAACGACCGAGUCGAUGUACCGUGGAGUGGUACGAACGAACGAUCAAUUCGGUGGUAGCUCGCCGGUCGUUCAGCAGGUACACUUCACAAACGGUGCCCUGGAUCCUUGGCGUUAUGCGAGUGUGCUUUCCCCCCUGAACUCGUACGCAUUGGCCGACGUGAUUCCUUGGCAGCUGGCUGGAGCCGAUUUGAGGGCUACCUCCGUGGAAACCGAUUCCCAGGAGUUAUUAGAAGUGAAAGCUCGAUUGAAGGAGCUCCUGGGGAGCUAUCUGUUUCCGGUUAAUCCUAGAAAUUAA